AUGGAGAUCUCUACAUUGGAGCAGUUAGAUGACUUGAUGUUGGACAAGCUUUGGGCGAUGAGGGACGAGCUUGGCAUGUUGAUCACACUCGCGAUUUUGUCUCGUCACUUACUUUUGCUUCACAAUCAAAUCCCUCUGUUUGUCAUGGAGCUUUUGAUGGAUUUGAGAUAUGGGGCUGGAAAAUUCGAUUCCUUGCUCAACAGAUACUUGUGUAUGGCGAUCUACGGAGAGUAUCGCGAGAAAAUAAUAUGUUCGAAGCCUGUGCACCUCGUCGAAGCCAUCCAUACGCUGCUUGUCUCUGAGCCCGAGAAGACCAGCCACAGAUGCUGCAAAUGCAAAUGCACAUUGCUUUGCUGCUUCAAGGUUACACAAGAAUGCUACUCAAGCAAAUUGCUCUGCUGCCCAAGAGUUAAGAAAGAUCUAGAAACUGGUGCUCCUCAAGAAACGAAUCCUGUGACCGAACUCAAGGCGAAGGGCAUCCACUUCAAACCAAAUUCAACCCAAUCUCUGAUGGAUGUCAGCUUCGAAUCCGGCUUCUUCUAUGGCAGCCUUCAACUCCCACAGUGGGGCGUUUCCAAGAAAACAAGGGUCACCUUUAUGAACUUGAUUGCCUACGAAUUCAGCCCUAAGAGCCCGGCAAGUGGCCAGGUGGCAGCGUACAUCAGUUUUAUGAAGUCUCUCAUCGAGAGGCCUGAAGGCGUGAAGGAACUGCGAGAGAAGAAAAUCUUCUACAACAUGCUUGGAAGAGACGAAGAGGUUUUCAACAUCUACGACGAUAUCAACACCUAUGGGGCAGAAAAUCCAAUGCAAUUCAGCAAAGUGCGGGACAAGAUCCAAGAACAUUAUAAUAGCCGUGCAAAGACAUGGCUGGCUGAGAUCUUGCACACUAAUUUUCGAUCUCCCUGGACAACUACAGAGUUUCUUGCUGCCCUUUCUGUGUUAGGAAUAUCUGCCGGUCAGCUCUACUUCUCCGUUCCUAAUAACUCGAGAUUGAAGAUUGAUUGGCAAAUAAGAGUAUCAUAUCCAUGGGGACUAUGUGAAGACCAAAGUAUGGUGUAA